AACAUCGCAAAAAGGGGAGCGAAAAGUGCAUUCGAAAGAGCAGCAAAAUACUAGUGCAGAAAAAAUCCACCAUCAGAAUGGCUGAUCGUGUUACGAGACAUAUUCUGCCCGUAAAACCGUAAAAAUGUGCUUAGAAAUCGUGAACUUCAGUGCUCUGAAUCGAUCGCGUUCGUGGACGAUUGGAUUGUGAUUCGCUGGCUGUAUGGAAGCCUCGAUUCGGUGCGUGAAAUACAGCGAAAAAUAAUCGAUUUUGAUAUCGUUUUUUUUUCGCUUUACCCCAUCCAUUCAAUCCCCAACAACAAAAGAGAGAGUGGCCGAUUCCGUUCCAUAAUCCGGGGGAGCUGUCAUCGAAAUUUCAGUUUUUGUGAAAAAUAAAUUCAAAGUUGUUGAUAACUGAAGAUACUUAAUCCACGGAAGAUUUCAGAAGUGUAAUUGAUUAGUGCAAGUGCAACUGUACACAUUGGAUUGAUAGCAGAAAACAAGCGACAGAAUCCGGAACCGUUGGCCACUGGUCUUGAAACUCAAGGCGGACCCCGACCGUGACAUUUUUGUUUGCCAGGAGCAGCUCUGUUUAUCUGUCAUCGUUUGCCAACCCCCAGAGCAGGAGAAGGAAGUUCCAUUCUCCCGUCCCCCGAGAAAUGAAGGUCUAAGUUACCUUCACCAGUUCCGCACGGAACCUCAACACUAGUGAGAGAGCAUUUGUGCUCGAUGCAGCUCGCUAACGAUUGACUGCAAACCGGAGAUCGACAGCAAGCAAGUCACACAAAACAGACCCAGAAUGGUGUUAUCAUAUUGCAGAUAUUUUGAUAACAUCUAAAUCGCGACUGAGUGUGCAACACUCUCGCGUAUCAUCACAAGUAACCCGACUAAGUCUCGAGAGGUGAAUCGUCCAGCAAAUCGAGUAACAUUCGUUGCCAAAAUGAGUCAAAGGUCAACUGCUGCCAGUAGCAGCAGUAAACCGGUAGUGUCCACAGCCGUUGUUGCUCCUACUACUAGUGGCUCAGUUGCAACUGCAACAAUGGGGUCAACGAUUGUAACGUCUAAGCAAAGCACUGGGGGUGGCGGUGAUGAUGGUAGUAAAGGUGCUCCGAAGGUUCAAAAGUGUGCUGAGAUUGAUACUUUCGCGGGAAAGGAACGACCGAAACCAUCAUCGACGGUUCGUGCGCUGAACUUUGAUGACCCUGAGCUGGGAAAAAAGGUCGCUCCCGGAAAUGUUGAAAAGAAGGAUGAUCACAAAUUGAAAAAAGAGGAUUUAAAAUCUUCAGCUACCGCCCCAAAGGAAGGUGACAUCAAAACUAAAAGCAUUCCAAGCGUUUCGGCCAAACCGUUCACAGUAAAAAAGGAAGAAAUCAAAACGCUACCAUCGGCAGCAACGACUACAGUGUCAUCAAUAUCAACAAAGCCUAUAUCUAGUCCGGCAGUUGUAUCGGCAUCCAAGCCGCCGCACAGUAGUAGCCCUAAACAGCUCCAAGAAGCGGAACUCAAACCAUCCGGUAGCCCAUCCAAAGGAAGCUUGAAAAAGAUGCACCAGCAGGCGACUGUGAAACCCGAAGAAACACCAAAACCAACUCUUCUGAAGUCAUCGUCUGUUCCAGCCACCGCUCCGUCUCAACCUGCAGCAAGUGUAAAACCUUCUCCAGUCCCCCCUCUAUCAGCUCAACCCAAUAAUCAGCUACCAACUCCGGUAAUUACAACAGCAGCACCGUCACCAACUGCUACAACGGCUCCCGUUGUGUUACGUCCUUCAUCUGGAACUAAUUUGCAAAAGUCGGCGUCUUAUCGCAAAUCAUCCUACAAACCACAACACUCCCAUUCGCUACGAUAUUCCGGCAGUGGCAGCGACAUUUCGAACCUUGUUCGAGUUCGCAACUCAACACUUGGAAACUCGGCUCCUACACUGUCGAUAACCUCUAAGGAAGGUGGAUUCAGUCAGCGGCGUUCGACUUCUUCGUCUGCCGCUCGUAGUGGAGCAGUAGCCCGUCAUCGCCUAAGCUUCGUGGCCAAUAUUUCCCCUCGAUCUCACUCGCCCAUUCCUGCUAGCCCUAUCGAUAGCCCUCGGAUCAACUCGCCCAGCAUGAUCCAUUUCCCGUUUGUUCCGAUUAAAAGAAUCACCAACAAGAACAGCGAUAGUCGUCGAUGGUCCGUAGCUUCGUUGCCUAGCUCUGGAUACGUAACAACACCCGGAAGUUCAAACAUCUCCUCACAAUGCUCCAGUCAAGAAAGACUUCAUCAGUUUCCCCCGGUUCCGACGAAUGAUGAUCUGCAAAUGUUGUCACUACACUUUUCCAGCAACGAUAGCAAUCCCAGCAUGGAAGGGCGCAAUCUACAUCACCACCAUGGGUUCCACCAUCUUCAUCACCAUCAUCCACAUCAACAUAGCGGUUCCGGAUUCAAUCCUCCUGUGUCUCCUCUGGCUCCGCAAUACCAACAUUCGACCCAACAGCCGCUCAGUUUGCAAUCUCAUGCCACGCAUUGCAACAGUCCCCACUCUGUCAAGUCCUCCGGCAGCUGUAAGGAUGAGCUCAACAACUUUUGCGGAUGCCGUUCUCCAAUCCAUCGCCCUCGAUCGCGCAGCUUGAGUAGUCCUUCGCAUUCUCCCAUAACGGACAAUGAGAUAUCUCUCAUGAACACCUUCUACAAGGAACGUUUCCCCAAAGCCACCCAGCAGAUGGAAGAACGACUGUCGCACUUUAUCAACGAGAACAAAAAUAUCAUCAAUGACAGCGCUCGUAUUUCCCAGCCCAUCGUACGCUUUGUUCACCACCAAGUUCUGGAAAUGGCACGUGAUUGUCUGCACAAAUCCCACGCCAAACUGAUCACUUCUCGGUAUUUCUACGAAAUGAGCGAGAACCUGGAACGUCUGUUGCUGGAAACUAAAGAAAAAUCCCCGGAAGCUGCCCCCGAAAUCACCGCUGUAAUCAAGAAACUGUUGCUUAUCAUCUCUCGUCCGGCACGUCUUCUGGAAUGCUUGGAAUUCGAUCCGGAAGAGUUCUACCGCCUGCUGGAGGUAGCCGAAGGUCAAGCAAAAGUCACGCAAGGUAUCAAAGCAGACAUCCCCCAAUAUAUCAUCCAGAAGUUGGGUCUUAACCGGGACCCAAUUGCAGAACUGCAAGAAGAGCUCAUCGAACAGGCAUCGUUGAAUUCGUCCAUCAACACCAACUGUGAUUCAUCGGAUAACAACAAUUCAUUUUCACCGAAUCAAUCGUUUAGCGGAAGAGGGGAUCUGAGCCUAAGUGGAUCCAUGACGUGUUCCACUCCCAAAGGAUCAGGCUCGUUGAACAAUAGCAUCAACACGCUAAACAACAACCAGACGACGGGAAUCACUAAUAACAGUACGGGUUCAACGCCUGGAGCCAAUAAAAGCUUCAAGGGGCGAACAACUAAUGCCGUCCCUAGCGAAAAGGACUACGAUAUGCUCAAGUUGAUUUCAAAUGGAGCCUACGGAGCGGUGUAUUUGGUGAAGCACAAGCAAACCCGGCAAAGAUUUGCCAUGAAGAAAAUCAACAAGAACAGUUUGAUGUUGCGCAACCAGGUUGAGCAGGUGUUUGCCGAGCGGGAUAUUCUAAGUUUUGCGGAUAACCCGUUCGUGGUCAGCAUGUACUGUUCGUUCGAAACCAAAAAGCAUCUGUGUUUAGUGAUGGAAUACGUGGAGGGCGGCGAUUGUGCAACACUGCUGAAGAACCUCGGUCCGCUACCAUGCGAUAUGGCACGAUUCUAUUUUGCUGAAACGGUGCUGGCGGUGGAGUAUUUGCACAGCUAUGGAAUUGUGCACCGCGAUUUGAAGCCGGAUAAUUUGCUGAUCACAGCGUUGGGCCAUAUCAAGCUGACGGAUUUUGGUCUCUCCAAAAUGGGUUUGAUGUCGCUAGCCACAAAUCUGUAUGAGGGAUAUCUGGACAGCGAAACUAGACAGUUUUCGGAUAAACAGGUUUUUGGAACUCCGGAGUAUAUUGCACCGGAAGUGAUCUUAAGACAGGGAUAUGGUAAACCAGUGGAUUGGUGGUCCAUGGGAAUAAUUCUCUAUGAAUUUUUGAUUGGCUGUGUACCAUUUUUUGGAGAAACUCCGGAAGAACUGUUUGCCCACACGGUGAACGACGAUAUCGAAUGGCCAAGUAACGAUGAUUGGCCGAUACAGGAUGAAGCUAAAGAUUUGAUAACAGCUCUACUUCAGCAGAAUCCAAGAGAUCGCCUAGGUACGGGUGGUGCACAUGAAGUAAAGGAGCAUUACUAUUUCAUUGGGUUGGAUUGGAACAAUCUGCUUCGACAGAAAGCCGAAUUCGUUCCUCAGUUGGAUAACGAAGAGGAUACCAGCUAUUUCGAUACACGGGUUGAUCGCUAUAACCAUGAAAUUUGCGGUGACGAUACAGACGAUAUGGAAGAUUCGCCUCUGUUCGGAUCGUUCAGCUCGUAUUCACCGCAGUACAGAAAGCAACAAGCAGCAACAACUAAUCCACCUAACACAGCUCUGCCACAAGAGCAAUUGGCUUCUCCACUUCCUGGCUCAAAUCUUCCAUCGUCGCUUGCUAAAGAAAAGCAACAGCUUCCAUCACUGUUCGAGGAUAGUUUUGAUGUGAAUCAUCCCAAGCCAAACGACAUCAGCAAGCUCAUCAUCACACCGGAACUACGGAAGUUCAACAUCAACCCAUCGAAAUACAAGAUGCCAUCGACGCCAGACUUGGAAUACCUUCCAGAGCUGGCCACACCAGAUCGUGAAGAUUUCAUCAGCCAUCUAAAUCUACGACCGCAUGUUCAACAGCCGCUAUCAACGCCGGAAUCGUCGCAAACGGACAGCGAUGACGUCUCCCCGCAGAUUCAACGAAAGCGAAAGAUCGUCCACAGUCGAGGAAUUUUACCCAAGUUUUCGAUAUCGAUUGAAGACGACCAAAGUGGACAUGAAACGUCGUCGUCUACGCCAUCACAGGUGAUCACAUCGUCACCAUCCAGUUCGUUGAACAACUUGAAUCAAUCGCGACAUAUCGUAAAGAGUGCUUCGGCAUUGGGACUCUCGUUGAUGACAUCUUCGGAUGAUUCAUCUACUGCAAUAACAACCAUUGGCGGUAGUGGCGGAGGUCUACACAACGUUCCAACGACCGCUUCGAAUCUUUCGUCUUCUUCUGGUUGCAGUACCGGCAUAACCUCCACGAUGCAUUCCGCCGGUAACUGCUCGAGCACAGCCAGCUCACGUGAUACUUCUCCCUGUCGGGAACUCAGCCCUCUAGUCACUAAUCUUAAGCCACCAUUGAUCAUCCGAAGAGGACCUCGUGGUUUCGGAUUCACCGUACACACGAUUCGGGUCUACUACGGAGAUACAGAUUUCUAUACGAUGCACCACCUGGUAAUGGCAGUGGACGAAGGAAGUCCUGCAUUCGAGGCCGGAUUAAGACCAGCCGAUCUAAUCACGCAUGUUAACGGUGAAGCGGUUCAAGGCCUCUACCACACUCAGGUGCUACAAUUAUUGCUCAGUGGAGCGGAAUUAGUUAGCCUACGCGCUACUCCUUUGGAACAUACCAGUAUUCAAAGCGGUGGCCGUAAGCGCGAACCAUGGCAGAGUAAGUUCGCAAAGAAGAGUACCCACAGUCGACGGAAGCAAAAGAAGGAUAACGAAAAGAAACGUAAGACGUCUCUAUUUAGGAGAAUAAGCAGCAAAAGAGCUAGUGCGGAGAUGCAACAAAUGGUGGCUGGAAUACAAUCACCUACGUCCGUUCCGCCCAGUAGAAGCUUCCAGUCGUUCACUAGAUUCCAGGGAAGUCAGCCCAAUCUAGUUGCUGCUGCAAGUCCAAUUCCGACUGCUAUCCAACCGGUGCCUUCGACAUCGCUAACCGCAUCGCCUGUCAAUCGAUUAAGUCUGUCGCCGUUGAAUACUAUCAAUGCCUACCAACCGUCUCCAUCGUCAUCGCCAAGCACUUCUGCUCCAAGCACCCCAACGGGAACGAUAACCUACAACGAUGGAGCUCCGCUAUAUCAACGGCCAUCCACAUUGCAUGUUUUGAAACACAAGCUUCAUUCGUCACCGUGUCCCACCACAAAAGGUCUCCACACAACUCCGGCCACGGGACGACCCAACCGUAGGAAAUCGGCUGACCAUAUGCCACUGUCACCACUCGCCAGAACUCCUAGUCCCUCUCCGCUUCCGGCAUCUCCAACGAGGUCUUCAAGCCCUCUAGCAUUUCCGGUUGUACAUCCGCUGGGAUCGUCCAAUACUACACAAUCGUACAGUCCAGGUGGCCUACCGAAUGCAUCAACCGUGGCACCACAGCCGGUUCCCGGAAUUGUUACAAUAAGUGGUUCGCCUACACCGCCCACAAAGAAGGGCUUUCCACGGGCCAAAACAGCCGAGCCCAGUUCUCCGUUGCUCCGAAGGGCGCUAUCACCGGAUCGACUCCAUCCUCGAAGUGCCGAAAGCAAAUGCGUUCUAUCGCCCCUAUGUUGCAAUACUCCUCUGAAGACACCCCGACAGGUACCCGGAAUAUGGCGUUCCAAUCAAAAUUCCACCAUCACAACAGCUACACCACCGUCGAACGUUACUCCGGUUGCGACUGUUCCGGUCGGAGCUUCGGCACCAGUGCAAUCGCAACAAACCGUAACUUCGGCAGCACCAACAGCCUCUUCCAAUACCACUACCAAUACGGUGGCAUGCAAAGUGGUUAGCACAUCGGCUCCAGCAACAGCAACGACUACAUCCUUACCGGUAGCUUCAGCAACGUCUUCAACCGGUGGAACCAGUCCAGCAAAAUCGAGCAAUUUGUCCCAACAGCAGCAACAGUCACAAACUAAACAACUAACCAAUAUGGUCGAUAAAAUGAGUUUAAAGGAGGACGCACCCUAAAAUAAAUCCACUUGCAUAAGAUAGGAGCUUGCUUGCUUAUGAAAAAAAAAUCACAGAAAAAAGACCGUACGCUCCUUUAGUUAUACUUUGUUUUCACAAUUGUUAGUACUUUAUUUCGUUAAUUGAGAGUAUUUGCGAUGAACGCAAGGAAAACUUGUUUAUUUAUUUUACGAAACCCUAGAAUAAGACAGGAUUGCACAGGUCGGCCAGUUCCACACUCGUGUGAACAACUUUGGCACUUAUACUAGAAGAAGGAAAUUAGGGAGUUUAGCUAGCGAAUACUGUGUGUUGUAGAGGUCAUCCAACCCGCCGCCACGCCGCCGUACAUCCAGAAAGCUCUGAGAUUCAAACGAUUCGUAGUUUAGAACUGUGAUCAGUGUUGCGGCUAGCGCGCGUAGAAAUCGCACGUUUAGAUUGGCUAGCGCAGCGAAUGCAAUUUGUAUAGUGAAGCACCGAAUUUUAAACCGUGUAAGGUUGUACUGCAAGUUUCAAUGAUUAUAUGUUUUAUUUAAUUUGAUGAACCAAUCAACAAUCAAGCAACUAUUUCGAAUUAAGUAAAAAAAACAGCUGUUAGGCCAACAAACCAGAAUAUGAAGAAUAAUAAUACCUAUUGGAAGGAUUUAAACUUGUGUGAUAUUUUGAAUUAAAUUAUGUAAGGUGUGAACAAUGCAACUACUGAUAACACAAACAGUCAUUUCAGAUGAGGAAAAGAAAGGGAAACAGAACGAUCGACACUGGACUUGCAGCUAUCAUCUUUUUUGUUAGGUUUGGACUUUUAAAUGGUAGAAACUAAAUGCAUUCUUGAGCGGUUCGAUGGAACUGUUUUUGAACCGAAAGUUCGUUAAAACCUUGCAUGAUGGUUAAUUUGCAUCCUGUACACUCUAUUCUCUCGUUGAACAAUUUUGCGUCUAUGCAUGAUGGAAAACAGUCAUCCUGGAAUUAAAAUUCGAUUGCUACUUGCAUUAUAAAUGUAAUGAAAUUUGUAACCAAACAACCACAUAACUGAAAUAUCAGCAAUUGUGUACUGAAUCUGUUAAUAUUAGAGCACUCAAAUAAUUAAUUUUAACGACGCAUCGGUUUUCUUAUAAAUUUGUUGGUGUUUUUUGCAAAUUUAUCAUAACGAAAAUCAAAACACUGAAAAUUAAAUGAAUUGUAGGGUAUAAAUAUAACAGAUGAAUCCAGAAAUAAAGGCUAUAUCAAUCGAGAUGUGAUUAAAAAUCAAUGUAAGCAAUGCGAAAAUUGGAAAUCAAAGCAUAUUUAUUUUUAAAUUAGAAUAUUUCUCAUGUUUUCCUGCGGUUUCAUUAGAAAUCAAUCCAGUAGCUAUUCCUGGAAUUUUUAUAGAUUUUUCUGCAAGGAUUCUUCCAAAAGCCAUUCGUCAGGAAUAUUUCAGAUAAUCGCUUCGACAAUUAUUCCAUUUGUAUUUCUGAGGAUUCAUUCAGAAACUCCUGUUUCUACCGAGGUUUCCAUACUUUUCUGUUCAAUUUUUUCAAAGGUUUCCUUUAAGGAAUUUUUUAGAAAUUUCUUCAAGGUCAUCUGCAGUUAUUGUCGGAUAUUCCUGCUGAAUUUAAAAGGUUUUGUUAAGGCAUUUUAUAUGGAAGAAAGUCCAAGUUUUCCAAAUAUUCUCGCUGGGCUUUUCGAGGAACUAGAGAGAUAAAAAUAUAAGAAUUUCCGUCUGAAGAUCAUUUUAAGAAAUACGCAGCUGCUUUAGGAAUGUCUCAUUUUAGAAUUAUUUAGCUCAACAAAAUCAAUUUCCAUGGAUUUCUGUGCAAAAAAUUGGACAAAUUGAUUUAAAACCGCCAUAUUUUUCCUCUAUAGAUUAAAUUUGCAAAACCAAAGAAUUCCUCAUUACGCAUGAAACGUUUUUUGACGAUUCGUCAAAGUGUCAAUGAAGUGACAAAUUUGUUGCAAAUUUAUAUUUUUGCUUCAAACCUCGUUCCCAUCUAAUGUAUCAGAAUGCAUUCAGUUUCCUCAUAAAGUUCAUCCCUAGUUGUUGCUCGCUCAUCUGGAUAUCCCACACAUAAGACAGUACCAUAAAACAUCCUGAUUUUUAACCCAAACUCCGUGGUGAAAACAUCAUGCAUACCACAAAACACUCCCGACACAUUUCUAGACAAAGCUGUUUCCGCUAUGAAAUCACCCUUCCUUCCAUCGACAGAAGUAGAGAAACUCUUUAGCUUCACCGAAUGCCGCAACAAACGGUGGCAAAGCAGCAAACAACCUAACACAGCAAUAAUAAAUCUAUACAAGUUUGAAAUCAAGAAAAAUAGAAACUCUCUCCCAUCCUCACCUUGAGGAAAACCGAAAAGCGAUAUGAGAUCCUUUCCACAGUAUUCACAUAUAAAGUCACAACGUACAUAAAACCGUAGAGAUACAAACACGUAGAAAUAUCAGCAGAAAUUUUCCCCGCAAAACGCCUGCUACACACAACAUAGGAAGACAUUGGGAAAGCCUGCAGCAAAGAGCGUGUAGGUUAGAAACAUUCAUCAUUCGUAGAGCGUAGAUUGAAAAGCAGGCGAAUUAUGCAAAUUUUAGGGAAGCAUAAAUUUAGUAAUCAUUGUUAUUGCUCCUCCGAAAACUGGUAACACACUCACAGGUUAAUAUAUAGAGAAAGGAUAUUACUCCUAUUGGUACGCAAGCCAUCCAAGCCGAAAACGAAAAACGAAGCGUGAUUGUUGCUGACUUUGGGAUAUAAAACACUAAUUACAUUGCAAAUGCGUACCGGGAGAUAAAUUAGCACAGUUGUAAUCAAGUCAAUACCGCAACAUAACCGUUCUCCUUCGCGCCGUUGAUACGAAAUACGAAAUAUUGUUCUCCAACUCUUUAAACUGGGCUAAGCGUAAUUCAUCAUCAUCGCACUUAAGUUCUAUGCAAAUAAGUGUUCGUUUUCCUGUUCAUCGUUUCAAAAUUAUGUAAAAGUAUUCAAUUAAAAAGCUGGAAAUGGCAUAUAAUUUUGCCGAAAUCAUUAAAUUUGCCUAGUUUCUUUUUCGUCACUUGCUCUUCAAGCCGCAAUCCGUUUGUGCUCUGGAUGUGAUCGUGUACGAUUUUUUCUUGAUAGGAGAACCGAAAGAUUCGAACGAAUUUGUAUCGAGGAGGAAGUUGAGAGUGGAGCUAGAAAUUAAGACAAGAUGAGAUUACGAUUGAAAAUCGAAUCACAAGAAUUAAUGAUAGUUGGUUAAUGUCAGGCGUACAUCCCUCGGAAGAAAUAAACAUGAAUAAUAGUUGUGUAAUUGGAGCAGAAAGUAUAGUUCAAUAGUCAAACGAAAGGGUUAGGACAAGAGAAAGAAAACAUAUAGCUAGCGAAGAUGAAAAGACGAAGAUUGAAGAGAAAGCAAAAGAAGAGAUACAAAUACCAUAAACAGAAAACACUUAUCAAUGUUGCUGCAGUGUAAUUGAUACAUAGUGAUGAAAUGUUAAUAAACCAGAAACUGAAAUCGUACCCUGUUCGAAACGAACUAUGAAAAUUA